AUGAUUCCGCUGCCGACUCAGACACCCGCCAACAUCCCUCAUAUUCAAUAUGGCUUCGAGGAAGAGGAUGUCGCCGCAAAGGCACAGCGAGAGGAGAGGAGAGACGCGAUAAAGUCGGCGUUCCGUCAUUCGUGGAAAGGGUAUAAAAAAUAUGCCUGGGGGAUGGACGAGGUCGGUCCGGUCACUGGCCAAACCAAAGAUACGUUUGGCGGGUGGGGAGCUACAUUGGUCGAUAGCUUGGAUACGCUCUGGAUAAUGGGAUUGAAGAAGGAAUUCGAGGAAGCUGUGGCUGCAGUCUCCCGUAUCGACUUUUCCACCUCGGACACCCUAACCCUGAACAUCUUCGAGGUCACCAUUCGUUAUCUGGGCGGCUUGUUGGCGGCUCACGACUUGUCCGAUGGCUCCUAUCCCAUCCUCCUCGAAAAGGCGGUAGAGUUGGGCGAUUUUCUAUACAUUGCAUUUGAUACGCCUAAUCGCAUGCCUGUCCUUCGCUGGUUCUGGUUGGCAUCAAAGGAAAAACGGGAUCUAGAAGCUAGCAACAACAAUGUUUUAGCAGAGCUAGGGUCGCUUUCAGUGGAGUUCACUCGCCUAACACAGUUGACGGGGGACCCAAAAUACUAUGAUGCUAUCCAACGUAUCACCAAUAUGCUGGAUAAGCACCAGGACCACACAGCGCUUCCAGGGCUGUGGCCGAUAUCUAUCGAUGCCCUGACGCCCAACUUCAACGUCGACAAUAGAUUCUCCUUUGGUGGGUUGGCUGAUUCUCUAUACGAGUAUUUACCCAAGGAAUAUCUCAUGCUCGGCGGCCGGUCAUCGCAGUAUCGCCAUAUGUACGAGAAGGCUAUAGAUGUGGCCAAGAAGCACAUGUUCUUCCGCCCUAUGACGGAGCAGGGCGAUGAUAUCCUCAUCUCCGGCACCGUGCGCGCCUCGGCCAGGUCGGCCACGGCCAUAAACCUGGAUCCCGAUAGUCAACAUUUAACAUGCUUCGCCGGAGGGAUGCUAGCCAUUGGUUCCAAAAUCUUCGAUCGCCCGGAUGAUCUCAACAUUGGUAGGAAACUAGUUGACGGCUGCAUCUGGGCCUACAACAGCAUGCCAGCAGGGGUUAUGCCAGAGAGCUUUCGUGCCGUUCAAUGCACGGACGAAAGUUCGGGCUGUUCCUGGGAUCUACGGGAAUGGCUCAAUAGCGACGAGGAUAACCAGCAGCCGCUAGAAGAACUUAAGCGGCAGGCGAGAGAGAAAGGGAUGUUUCCGGGAUUCAAGUUGAUCUCGGAUCCAAAAUAUCAUCUUCGACCAGAAGCCAUUGAGUCGGUAUUCAUUCUUUAUCGAAUCACCGGGGACACGACGCUCCAGGAUAAAGGAUGGGAGAUGUUCAAGGCAAUCGAGAAAGCCUCCAAAACCAAGAUCGGCUACGGUGCCAUUGAGGACGUGACUUUAGCGAACUCUGAGAUCAUGGACGAGAUGGAGUCCUUUUGGACGGGCGAAACGCUGAAAUACUUUUAUCUCCUAUUUAGUGAGCCGGAUCUCAUCAGUUUGGAUAAAUAUGUUUUCAACACCGAAGCACAUCCGUUGCUACGGCCAACCUAG